CAUAAAUAUCAGAGCCUCGUAAAGAACAUAGAUAUAUGUACAUAGCUUUAUUAUUUAUAUAUAUAUAAAUAAGUGUACAUAGUAUAUGUACAUAUAAAAGCGAGCAAUUUGAACACAUUAAAAUAUACGCACCAGCCAGGCUUUGAUAGUUCAUCAGUGUAGUACAAUAUGGCGGAUUCCUUGCCCAAAGAACAGCUUGAUGUGCUCACUAAUGUGUAUCAUCUGACCACAAAGAAGCAGCUAUCGGACGUAGCGAAGAAACCGAAGACAGUGGAGAAACUGGUCGAUAUUAGCAAAGUGGCCGGAAUAUCAGCAGGCACGCCGGCCGACAAAAACGUAGCCACCAUUCUGUACGCGUUCUCAAGCAAAUUCCCGGAGAAAAAUCGCACGGAGAGCCGAGACUAUGUCGCCAAAUGCAUAGCUGAGGGGAAGAUCAAGAACACCAUGCAGCUGGAAGCCGCGUGUGAGUACUUUGAGGAUAUCGAAAACUUCGACAAGCCCGUAGAUCAGUCUAAGUUUGAGAAGAACUGUGGUGUGGGUGUAGAGGUUACGGAUGAGCAGGUGGAGCAGGUCGUCAAGGAUGUGUUCGCGGACAUGAAGGAAAAGAUCGAGGCAGAGCGGUACAGGACUGAGAUGAAACCGAUCAUCUCUGCCGUCAAGGCGAAACAACCGUGGGCCGCCGGUAAGCCCAUCAUGCAGAGCAUUGACAAGUGCAUGCUCGAGUUAUUAGGUCCCAAAGACGACCGCGACAAAGUAGUGAAGGUCAAGAAAGAGAAAAAGCCCGUCAAAACGGAGCAGGCGGUUGAGGCUGACAGUGCAAAGGACUAUGUUGGGGCUGUGGCGAUGUUCCACAAAGUGGGCGAGAACUACAAGACUCAGGGAUACGUCACCACACCCCACACCAUGGAUCUGCUGAAGCAACACUUGAAGGAAACCGGAGGUAAAGUGGUGACUCGAUUCCCACCAGAGCCCAACGGUAUUCUGCAUAUCGGACACGCCAAGGCUAUGAAUCUCAACUUUGGCUAUGCCAAGGCUAACGACGGUAUCUGCUACUUACGGUACGAUGACACCAACCCCGAGGCAGAGGAGGACCGAUACUUCAAGGGCAUCCGUGAUAUGGUGGAAUGGCUGGGCCACGAGCCGUACAAGGUCACGCACUCGUCAGACUACUUUGAACGACUCUAUGACUGUGCCAUUGAGCUGAUCAAACGAGAUAAGGCCUACGUUGACCAUCAGACGGCCGAACAAAUUAAAGCGGAGCGUGGUGGUGAGAAGGGCGAGGGUGAGCGCACAGAGAGUCCCUACCGCAACCGACCCAUUGCCGAGAGUCUGCGGAUCUUUGAAGAGAUGCGACAGGGACUCUGGGCUGAAGGAUCGGCCAUUUUGCGCAUGAAAAUGGACAUGAAGAACGGCAAUCCGCAGAUGUGGGACCUGAUCGCCUACCGCAUCAAGUUCUCUCACCACGUGCGCACGGGCAAUGCGUGGUGCAUCUACCCCUCCUACGACUUCACGCACUGUCUGUGCGACAGUUUCGAGAACAUCAGCCAUUCGCUCUGCACCAUGGAGUUCACACAGGCACGUGUGUCGUACUACUGGCUGUGCAAUGCUCUGGACAUCUACUGCCCUGUACAGUGGGAGUAUUCACGCCUCAACCUCACAAACACCAUCCUGUCAAAACGAAAGGUGCUGAAACUGAUCGCUGAGGGCUAUGUGAAUGACUGGGACGACCCCCGUCUACACACUCUUCCAGCACUCAAGCGAAGAGGGUUCACGCCCAAGGCUAUCAACAGACUCUGCGACCAGGUGGGUAUCACCGUCAACACAACCACGAUUGCCAUGGCCCGCCUUGACGGCUGCGUGCGAGAUGACCUGAACGUCAUCGCGCCUAGAGCUAUGGCGCUACUAGAUCCCAUCAAGGUGACGAUUAGCAACUUCAAAGAGGACAAGAAAGACGCGGUAGAUGUACCGAACAUUCCCUUUAACGAGAGCGCAGGCAACCACACUCUCCAAUUCGACAAGGUUCUGUAUAUUGAUCGCGACGACUACCGUGAUGCGGCUGAUAAGAACUACCGCCGAUUCGCACAGGACCAAAGUAUUGGACUCAAGUAUCGAGGAGUGGUGUUGUUCUGUGAAGACGUGACGCGGAAUAGUGCGAAUGAGGUCACCGAAAUUACCGCCUGUUACGAGGAACUGACGAAAGAGAACAAACCCAAGGCAUUCAUCCAUUGGGUGUGCAAUCCAAUCCCUUGCGAGAUCAGAUUGUACGACAUUUUGCUGCGUGACGAUGGUGACGAGGACGGCAAGAACUUCCUGAAGAACGUCAACAGUCAAUCACUUAUUGUGAAGCCCAAUGCUCUAGUCGACCCCAGUGUGCGAGAUGCUCCUGUAGGCACCCAAUACCAAUUCGAGCGUGUGGGCUACUUCUGCAAAGACCCUGACUCCACAGCCGACCGCCCGGUCUUCAACUUGACUGUCAGCUUGAAGGAGGACGCAGGCAAAGUUUAGUAUGCUCGAGAAUAGCUGUUUAAUUUGAAUUAUUUUGACUAUAGUGCAUGGCUUGAAAGAGACCACAGGCAAAGUGUAGUAUGCUCAAUAAUAUGUUUAGCCUUUUAGAGUGAAGGAGAUCGCCGGGGACGUUUAAGUUUAACGUAUUAAAGAACUCGGCUGUCAGCGUGAAGGAGGACGCGGGUAUUUUCAGCAUGUACCAGGUUCUUGGUUCCUCUCUAAACAUCCCUAUAUAUAUGUGAGAUAGAUACCUAGACUUUAGCCUAUUUCGAAUUCCCAGUGGCUCCGAACAUUGUUGGUAAUGGACAAUAAACAGGGAGCGUUAAGCAUGGUCGACGACUCUGUUACCUCGCAUGAUCAGCAGCUCAGAGCGCACGGGAACUAGUAUGUUCAAGGAUCUUGGUCGCCUUUAGAACGUUCCUAAUUAUUCGAAAUAAACAUCGGCAUAUUCACGAACCUUGGAUUGUCUCCGG